AUGGCAAGACUGAUCCCUCGCCGUCCCCUUAGAAGGAAUGUCAAGACGAAGAAGGUUCUCAUCAAGGCCAAACGGCAUCACGAACAAUGCAAAAGGGCACAUAAAGCGUGCAAGUUCGCUCGCGACACCGUCCUUCCCUCCCGCGUUCUCGACGUUGGCUCUGUAGGCGAUUCUUAUCUUCGAUUGUUUAUUAAUGAUGCGGAUGAACAUGGAGAGUACCUCGCAUUGAGCUACUGCUGGGGCGGUGAACAGGAAGUAUGUUUGCGUAUGCGGACCCUGAAAGACAUGUCCAAGGAGAACGGCAUACAAGUAGAGACCCUGCAGCAGUCGGUAAAGGACGCGGUUGAGGUCACGAGGAUGCUUGGCUUCAGAUACCUCUGGGUGGACGCUUUCUGCAUCAUUCAAGAUUGUGAAAAAGACCAGCAGAAAGAGAUUGGGAAAAUGGCCACAAUUUACAAGAACGCCGCCAUCACCAUUGCAGCGGGGACAGCUCAGAGGGCUAAGGAUGGGUUCUUAAAGCAGACGGGGGAGUAUCUCCCCGAUGAGCGGGUGGUUGUGAAUGGAGCGACGGGCAAGGGGACGGUGUAUCUUCGAUCGGGGCCCUAUGAGCCAAAGCACAUACUGGACAAGCGUGGAUGGGUGCUCCAAGAGUACAUGCUCUCGUCGAGGUUGCUGAUAUUUUCGGAGUAUGAACUCCUUUGGCAGUGUAAAGAGCUUGAGUUGCAGAGUGUUGUAGGGGGAGAUGAGGCGUUGGAGUAUUUGCAGCCGCUGGAGGGCUUACCGUGGACCAGCUUCAAGGAGGACAACGCUGGGCUUUACGGUCAUGACGAUGGGGAGAAACUGUACUUGUGGAAAACUGUUGUCGAGCAGUAUACUCGGCGCUUGUUGACGAAGGCUGAUGAUAGGCUGGAUGCAUUGCGGGGUAUCACGAGGGAGCUCGAGGUCUUGUGGGAGGACAGUGAUUACUUUGGGCUGUGGGAGAAGUGGUUUGUUGAGCUGCUUGCUUGGUAUAAGCCCAAGGGCAUAGGGACGGAAGAGGAGGAACUACAAAGAUCAGGUCGAGCACCAAGCUGGUCUUGGGCAUCGCUGAGUCGGCAAGUGAUGUACACCGAGAGGUUCAUAAAGAGGGAUGCGAAGGUCAAGGGAUGGGAUACACUUGGGACGAGGAGCCCAAGACAUGUGAUACUCACCUGCCGCGUGCUCAAUGCGGAUGACGUUGGUCAAAAUGAAGUCGACGAGGACGGCGAUGUCAUUUCAGGCGGAUGCGACGAAUUCCCUGACUUGCAUGAGAAAGCGUUUAGGGACGAAUUACGAGACAAAGAAACACAAGUUCUGUUUCUAGGAGUGGCCAUGAGAGAUCUCAGGGAGUUGGGCGUUGGUCUCGUGGUCACUCACGUUGGGAAUGGCUUUUACCAGCGAGUUGGACUAGCCCAGUUCAAGCAUGUCAUUGCUUGGGAGGGAGUGGGGUAUCAAGAGAUAAAACUGAAGUAG